AGAAUAAAAAUGGCGGCGCCCAUGGUUUGAAGUGCUUUGUGUGUGCCCGGUAGUUAUUUCUCCUAGCAUAAGUUGAUCGGCCUGCUAUAUCGCCCAAGAGCCGGCUCAGUGCGAAUACCACAAUGGCAAACCCAGGGCCAUAUCAGCAGUACCAGUAUCAACAGCAACGGCAACAACAGCAGCAACAGUACAAUCAACCAGGUGGCACAGCGAUGCAUCAGCAACCACCACCAUCAUUACAACAACAGUUCAGUGACAGCCACCAGGGAUCUCUGCAUCAAGGUCAGGGGUCAUGGGGAGGUCAAGGUCAGACACAGCUGGCCUCUCCAACUAAAGACGUAAACACAGCCUCACUGUGCAAGACAGGCCAGGAAACAGUGCAAGAAAUAGUGCAGAAAACACUGGAAAUAUUUCAAGUUCUUCACCAAUUGAAGCUUCCUAACAAUACAGCAGGGAACAGUGUGCAGAUGUACCAGGACAAGAAAGCCAAGCUGGAGGACCACAUGAAAGCCAUACAGGUCUCGUUUAAGAAACUACGCCUAAUGUAUAACAAAGUCCAGGAAAUAUGUCAGCAUUUUGAUACCAAACAGACAGAAUGUCUGAUCCCAUACAUCAAUGGUCCAGAGGUUGAUGACGGUGGAGCUCAUGCCACAGAAGCAGUUAGAUACUCCUCUGAAGAACACAGGGAGAUAGCAGAGCAAAUCAGAAACAAGAAUCGCCAUCUGAAGGAAAUAAUAGACCAGCUGCGGACGGUUAUCUGGGAAAUCAAUACUAUGGCUGCCAUGAGAAAAACGUAGUUUGCAGUUUUUUUUUUUUUUUUUAAUUAACUCUGGACUAACAUAUGAUGAGUCCUUGGAUAAAAAAAAAGAAAGUGUGAAAUCAUGACAAAUGAAAUUAUGAACUUGGUGCCUGAAGGAAGAAAUAAAAGGCAACAUUAUGGAGAGGAAUGUUUUAUUAACAAUAGGUAUGCUCUGAACAGAUCCCUUCCAUAAUGAUUUAAUGUAUGUAUAUACUGUAUAUAAAUGAUAUGGAAACAGUA